AUGGUGGUAGCGCCGAGCUUUCGAAUGCUCGCGGUGGCAAUUAUAACCUCAAUUGCCGGCUCGUUCCAUUUCGGAUUCAAUCUGGUGCUCACGAAUCCGUCGCAAGAGGCCUUCUUGAAUUUCAUGAACAGCACACUUGGCAAGAGAUUCGGCGAAGCGGGCUUCUCGAAGGACACCUCGCAGAAUAUUUGGAGUUUCGUUGUCGCCAUAUUGUUCCUUGGAGCUCUCGCUGGCUCAUUUUCGAUUCGCCUGCUCGCUGAUUCGCUGGGCCGCAAACGCGGUUUGUAUAUUUCGAUUGCGGUGGGAGCAUUCUCCGGCGGAUGUGCGAUAGCAUCGAAAUUCGUCCCCACGUUUGAGCUCUAUGUGGUCUCUCGAAUUCUAAUGGGCUGGUCGGUGGCGGUGAGCCUCGGUCUCUCCGCCUUGUUCCUAUCAGAAGCGAGCCCGAAGGAAACGAGAGGCGCGAUCGGAAUGAUGACCGGCACUUGUGUUCAGCUCGGCACCGUCGUCGGCUCAGUUGUGGCGAUGCCUCAAAUAUUCGGAAGCGACGAUUUGUGGUGGGCAAUUUAUGCGACCGAAAUCGGAAUUAUGUUGGUGUUUGGCGCCGCACUCCCAUUCUUCCCGGAAUCGCCUGGAUUUUUGGUGCAACGCGGUCAAAUCAAAGAAGCUGUCAGUUCAAUCAAAUUCUAUUAUAAAUGCGAGGAAGAGGAUGCUUCAAUUCAUCUUGACGCCAUCAAGGAAGACCAGAAAUCCUCCAGCAAGAAAUUCACUAUGCUCGAUGUGGUCCGUAAGAAGUCACUGAGAAGCAAAGCGUUUAUUGGAGUUGUCGUCACGUUUGCAAUGUCGUUCAGUGGGGUCGCAGUAAUCAAUGCGUUCGCCUUUGAAAUUUUGAAAGACACUGGUCUCGAUGUGCUAGAAGCUUCCUUGGCAAAUGACGCGGUCUCCGUUGUUAGCAUGAUUUCCUCAAUCAUUGCCGCCUUCAUAGUGGAUCGUAAUGGAAGACGUCCGCUUCUGUUGAUCGCAUUCGCCGGAAUUCUUAUUUGCAAUCUCGUCAUAUUCGCUCUGAUGCUGACAUUCUACAAAUUUGGGUAUCACGCGCUUGGCUUCAUUCUCAUCGCGUUCAUCUGCAUAUUCACGUUCUUCUUCGCGCUGGGACCCGGCCCGUUGUGCUAUUUCAUCAACGCCGAGCUCGUCGGCCAAGCGGCUCGAAGCGCGUCGCAGAGCUGGGCGAGCGUCAUUCAGAUGCUGUCGAGAUUCGUCCUCGUCACCGCCUUCCUUCCCAUGAAGAAUCAGCUCGGCGAAGCGUGGUCCUAUCUGAUUCUGUUCGUCGUUCCCGUCUUCGUCUCGCUCGUUUAUCUGUACUUCAGUUUGCCGGAAACCAAAAACAAGACGCCAUUUGAGGUCGAAGAAGCGAUGGAAGACCUACCGCAAUUCCCGUUCUGCGGCACAUCGCGUAAACUCCGCGAUCGCAUCGGAUUCCAGGAAGCGGUGUUCAAUCGAAAAAUGCAGCUCGUCACCGAUUACGGCUCGAUUGAGAGUCUCACCACAAAACUUUAG